GUAGUCAAUCACUCAGUCUCGGAGACACACAUUGCCACUGCGAUGGCCGCCCACCAGGACUCGGCGGCAUCGGGGAGCGGGCCUCCUCGUCGUCCUCGCGUCCUCCUGGCAGCCUCCGGCAGCGUGGCCGCCAUCAAGUUCGAGGUCCUCUGCCGCAGCGUCGCCGAGUGGGCGGAUGUCCACGCGGUGGCGACCGCGUCCGCGCUGGAAUUCAUCGACGUGGCCUCCUUCCCCGGCGGCGUCCCUCUCUACACCGACGACCAGGAGUGGUCUAGCUGGAAGCGGGUCGGCGACAAGGUCCUGCACAUCGAGCUGCGCCGGUGGGCCGACGUCCUGGUCAUCGCGCCGCUCUCGGCCAACACCCUCGCAAAGGUCGCCGGCGGGCUGUGCGACAACCUCCUCACCUGCGUCGUGCGCGCCUGGGACUACAGCAAGCCCGUUUACGUCGCGCCGGCCAUGAACACCUUCAUGUGGGGCAACCCCUUCACGGCGCGCCACCUCGCCGUCCUGCGCGACCUCGGCAUGUCCGUCGUCCCGCCGGUCAAUGGCGCGAUGGCGGAGCCGUCGGAGAUCUGCAAGACCCUCAUGCUCUUCUUCGGUCCGCAACAUCUUUAGCAGUCGCCAAGCUCCUCAGUUCUUUGCUCCUUUAUGUAUGAUGAGAUGUGUCCCUUGCUUGACCUAGCAUAGCAAUCUUGCCACAAACCACGGGGUAGAAUUAGAUGGCAAUUGUUCUACGCAAUGCUUGCAAUGACAUCAUACAUGGCA